GAUUAGCUGGUGUCAGUCAUACUGAGGGGAGGGGUGAGGGGCGUUUUCCAUCUCAGGUUGCGUUUCGGGUCUGCACCGUAGACUGUAGGUCUGCACUUGGUGGCUACACUAGCAGCCUUAUAUCAUUCAGGUAGGGCCGUUCACCGCUUCAGGUAUAAACCUCACGAAGAUGCCUGGUCCAUUCGGCUGGGCGACACGACUGUGGAGAUGAUACGCCACAAGCAAUUCAGUGGAAAAUGUUGUCCUAGCUAGCUAUUUGGCUAGCUGUCUAGCUAAGUAGUUAGCUAGUGUGCUCUGGUGAACGGCAGGGUGACAGUAACGCCUGGGUAGCUAGCUAUCUUGCUAGCUACCAAGCUGAAUGAACUUGCAUUGGCAGGGGAAAAACAGCUUUAACGAAUACAGGAGAUUUGUGAACCAGAAGAGACUCAACCCAAUGGGUGUGCCACAUCAACCAGGGUUUCUUUCAAAACUCUAUCAGGACCGACUCAUUGGAGAUGAACUGUGUGAACAGCCUUGGUGUUGCAUUGAGUAUUACCUGCUUUCAACUGCACAACUUGUAAUUGAAGUAAUUUCCUCAGCUGUCAAACAGGACCAGGAACACUCUCCAGGAUGUAGGCAUACGUGUGUUAAAGAGUACUAUAAAGAGAGAACUACACCGGCAUAACCAGAGAGGGUUCAGUGCAAGAUGCAAACUACUGGUAAGCCCUAAGAACAGAAUGGCCAGGCUUUGAACUGGUCUGACUGGCGCCAUUCAAAACAAGGUCCCGACAUCACCGCACGUUAAAGGGCAGUUUACCCAAAAAUAAAAUGAAGUGACACCUCCCCCCACCCCUCUGGAAAGGACCAGGAUGCCGAAGGAGCAAGCCUGCCUCGGGGAGCGGGUGGCCCGCUCCUCCAGCAAGAAUGCGAAGGACAAGUGCAACAGCGCCGCCCUGCUGGCCUCCCGGGGCAGAGCAGGCAUGGAAGAGGAGGCCAGUGGACGGGCCUCGCGAUGCAGCUCAGAAAAGGAUUCUGGGUAUUCUGAUACGGGGUCAGACUCACUGGAUGACCAGCGCAGCAGUUCGAGUGGGAACUGGAGGGGAGGAGGGGGCGGGGCUGGCAGCGGAGGUGGGGCCAGCAGUGGGGGCAGCACCCCUUCAUCCUGCGCUGGGGAACUCACCCCCAUCUACAUUAUUAAGAACCUGGUGCUGAAACAGCCCCUGGCAGUGCAGUCCAGCUCAGAGCAGCUCCUGCCCGGUCAGCUGACCUGGGGGGGCGGGGCAGGCCACAGCUCCCAGGGCCCUGCCCAGCUCCUCUUCAUCCAGCAGCCGGGCGUAGCCAGCCCCUCCCCCCUGCAUGUCCUGAAGCCCCCGUCCCGGAAGGGUGGUGAGAGGGGGGGCAACAAGAACAGCAAGGGGACCUACCUCCCCAUCCUCAACUCCUACCCCCGCAUCGCGCCCCACCCGAGCAAGAAGACCCCCGAGCAGGGCAAGGGGAGUGGGAAGGUGAGCAUGAGCGAGGGACAGAGCUUGAGCAAGAGGGUGUGCAUGGAGGAGAGGAGAGAGGCGGUGUCCACCACCUCCCAGACGCACAAGCAGCAGCACCACCACCACAAGCAGCAGGACGGCCGACCCCACUCCCACCCGCGUGCCUCCGCCAGCAACUUCCCCCACCCCCAGCGCCACCCGUCACCCUCCCUGCCCCGCCCCCGCCACACCCGGAAGCCACCCGCCGCCUGCCCUUCCGACUCCUGCGGCCUGGGGUCCCCGUCCGUCUCCAGCUCCGAGGCGCCCGAGGCCCCGCCCACCCCCGCCCCCCGCAGCCCGGCCGAAGCGCUGGCUGCGGUCCCCGGCUCCUCGGCCCGCCAGCGGCGCUUCCUCAACACGGUGGAGAUCCUGAGCCAGUCGGGGCUGCUGGACAUCACCCUGCGCACGCAGGAGCUGCUGCGGCAGAGCGCCGCCACCGAGCGCGACAUCGCCCAGCUCCGCCACCACGCCCACCUGCUGUGCCAGGCCUCCCAGGCCGGCCUCCACGCCCCCGCCGCCUGGGACAAGCUGCUGCAGGCCAUGGCCGAGUCCGGCCGCUACCCCAACCUCGGUUGCCUGGCCCUGGAGGUCGGGGCGGGAGCAGGACCGCAGCUAGCGGGGGAAGAGGCUGCCGCUGCCGCCGCCGCCGCCGCCAGGGGCAACGCAACCGCCAACGGGAAGAGCAGCCCAGUCGUCGCUGUCACCACCGUCAACCGCGACAACGAAGCUACCCCGCCUUCCCCUCUCCUUGCCCCCACUCCCGACCCACCCUUAGACUACCUAGAGGAGGUGCUGCUCGUCCCCCCCAGUCAUGCCCAUGCCCCACCUUCAGCCAGGGUCCACAGGGCCAAGUCCCCCCCAGAUAUUGUCAUGCCACCAGACAGCUCCACCAGUGGCUGCCUGCUUUAACACCCACCCAGGAAAGGCCUCGAGGGCCACCCCCCUCACAGAACACUAAACUCAGUGCAGCUCACUUCACUUUCUACUUUAUUGGCUCUUGGUCUGGACACUUGACUGAUGCUUGGAAGCUCUUAGAUAAUAGAGGCGUGUGAAAUUUGAAGGCAACAACAGUGACAUGACAAGUCUGUAGAGUAGAGGAGUAAGUGUAUCUGAUUGGUCCAGAGAGAGUGAACAGGUGAUCAAUGACUUACUGUGUGGUGGGGUGGAGGGCCUUACUGUAUUCACCCCCCCCUUUCUUAAUCUCUCUUUGUACCCCCCCCCCCCCUCCCAGACUGUUCACUGUUCACCACACAGUUUUUUGGUCAGGGGCAUAACAAGGACCUAAAAAAUAUCAAGGUCAUGAGACUCAGCUGGGGUGAGGGUGGGGGGUUAGGCUGCAGUAGAUUCUUUUUUCCCUUUAAUUUAGUCAUUUAAUAAAGGACAAAUUUUAGGGUGUAAAUGCUGUAGGCCUACAUAUGCCUGUAGAUUAGCCUUACAUUUCAGAAAAUCUUAAAGACCAUUGAUUCCCUUCCUAAGUGAAUUGCAACCGAUGUUCUCACGACGGAAUGAAAUUGAAUAUAGGCGUUGGAAAUGGGCAUGAAUAAAAAUACCAAGGACAUUA